GCUCUUGAUAGUUACAAGUUUUCGAUCCAUCGACAACACUGACAUUUGCUCUCUACGUCUAAGAACGACAUUACGACAAAAGACCGUCAGGCCAAAAUUUAAAUAAAAAUUUCGAUCACAAUCCGACAAGAUGGUAAGGAAUUCCUUCAAUCAAUUAUUCCCCACAUCAAGGCAUCGAGCACGGAAGGAGGAUAGGAGGUGGAAUUGUUCAGUGGGCAUACGACAGCAUACAACAAUGACGAGGAGGAGAACAAAAGCUCAAAAUGGAAUUGAAAACUGUUAUGCGGUCGCUAUUGGGUUGGAUUGGAUUGCUAAAAUGGAUGGAUUGAUGGAUAUCGAUGGUUUAGAUGAUUAAUAUUUGAUAAGAAUAAUGGCUGACCAGGUUUUGCCACUAUAGGUUCUCGCAAUCGAUCUCCUCAACCCAUCCCCAGCUGCUGAGGCACGCAAGCACAAGCUCAAGGUAUGCGACAACACUUUUUAAUGAAUUCUCGAUUCGGUGUAAAAUUGGCGGAAGCUAAUAAUUUUUGCCGCUUUAGCAACUUGUCCCAGCCCCAAGAUCCUUCUUCAUGGAUGUCAAAUGCCCAGGAUGCUUCACCAUCACCACCGUCUUCAGCCACGCCCAAACCGUUGUCAUCUGCGCUGGAUGCUCAACUGUUCUCUGCCAACCAACAGGUGGUAAGGCUCGUUUGACUGAGGGCUGCUCGUUCAGAAGAAAGUAGAUCAGAUAUAUCAGCGCUACUUUCUUUUCCGCUUCGUCUUUUCGGUUAAUGGCAAUGGCUUGAUGAGGGUAUACAUAUGGAUCUAGUUUUCGAUACGCAAUUUGACGGAUAGAAGAUGGACCUCACCCAAAAUUCCUUGCGAAAGAUCGUGGCAACAAGCAGCAAAGGGGCGUUUGGGAUAAUCCGGAUAUCUUGCAUCAAAUCAAAAACGAUUCCCUCAAAAUGAUUUAUUUUUCUUGUGUACAGGACGUUUGUGAUAUGAUUGAUCGCGAACGUAAAUACCUACAUUGGUGGAUAUGAACGGCAGGAAAUACGGUUCUACGAAUAUUUUACGAUGACAGAACGACCUGGACUUGGUGAAGACUCGGAGCGUUUCUUGAGGACGCUGCGUAUUCACAAUGGAUUUAAAAGUUGUGCUAUAUCAAUUAACGAUGAUUUAAAAUGCCCUUU